GCGCUUGUCCUGUGCUCGCCCACCAGGAUGCCCACCAGGAUGCCCACCAUGACACUCUGGCUGCCCCUGCUGUGGCUGGUGGCCACAGCCAUGGCUGCUGUCACCCCGGUGCCCUCACUGGAGGUCUCUCCCAGCCGGUUGAAGCUGCUCAGACAGGACCCACCACCCUUGGUGCCCCCCCAUCCCGCCACAGGCCCACCAGGGGAUGUGGGGGCACCCCUCCUGCCCGUGCCCACCCCCUCUGCCCAGCCUGAGGACCUGCCUGGCUUGGGUGCCCCCCUCAAGGCCACAGACACCCCCAGCCCUGAGGAGGCUGGGGGGGCACCCGAGGAGCCAGACACCACAGCCAACGGCACCAUGGCAGCACCAGUGCCUGGCAUCACCCAGAGCCCCCCCAGCGCCGUGGGCACCAUCACCCCAUCGUGCCUGCCGUGCCCUGGGGACGAGGAGCCGGCUGAGGACUGUGGGGCACCCACGGGGGAGCAGCAGGCGGCCGUGGCCGAGGCACUGGGCACCUUCGCCCUCCGCUUCUACCAGCACAUGGCGGAGGCUGCCCAGCCCGAUGCCAACCUGCUCUUCUCCCCCAUCAACGUCGCCAUGGGGCUCUCGCACCUCCUGCUGGGUGCCCGUGGCGAGACCCGUGACCGCCUGGGUGCCAUCCUGGCGUACCCGCAGGGGUUGGCCUGCAUCCACAGCACCCUGCAGCAGCUCGCCAGCGCGCCUGGACUCUUCUCCGCCACGCAGAUCUUCCACCACCCAGAGCUGCAGCUCCGGACACGCUUCCUCAACGAGUCGCAGCGCUUCUACGGCGCUCGGCCGCAGGCGCUGAGUGGCAACGAGAGCCUGGACCUGCUGCACGUUAACGAGUGGGUGCGCGAGGCCAGCCGGGGGGCCCUGCCCAGCCUCCUGCCCUCCAUGCCCCCCGACCCCCGCCUGCUGCUGCUCAGCGCCGUCCACCUCCAGGCCGCCUGGCGCGUGCCGCUGAAGGCCAAGAAUACAAUGUCGCUGCCCUUCCUGCGCCCCGGGCACCCCCCUCGCCUGGUGCCCACCAUGACCAGCAAGAAGUACCCGGUGGCCUCCUUCAUCGACUCCCGCCUGCAGGUCCAGGUGGGGCGGCUGCAGCUGAGCGAGGGGCUGAGCCUGGUGGUGCUGGUGCCACAGGGGCCCCUGGGGGCGCUGGGGGGGCUGGAGAGGGCGCUGGACCCCCCCACCUUCCUGGGGCUGCUGCGGCGGGUGGCCCGCACCCCCCCCCAGGCCACCGCGCUGGCCCUGCCCCGCCUGCGCCUCGACCUGGCCCUGGAUGUGGUGGCCCUGGUCCAUGACAUGGACUUUGGGCUGUUCCUGGACGCGGAGCUGUGCGGGCUGGCACGGGGCCCGGCGGUGGCAGUGGACACGGCACGGCACCGGGCAGUGCUGGCGCUGGACGAGGCCGGUGUGGAGGCAGCAGGAGCCAUGGCCACCUCGGUGGCCCGCACGGUCCUGCUGCUGGAGGCCCUGCGCCCCUUCCUCUUCGUCCUCUGGCACGACGCCCACAGCGUCCCCCUUUUCAUGGGCCGCCUCAGCGACCCCCAGCCCUGAGCCCUGCCCUCCUCCUGCCCUCCCUCCCUGCCUCCUGCCCUCCUCCUCUCACCCCUCCAUCUCCCUGCCUCCUGCCCUC